AUGACGAGGAAGGUCGUUUUCGGCUACAGGUACAACGCGGAGCGCGUAAAGCGCAAGGGUGAAGUGCGCAGCAAAAUUUACUUCGAUAUGUACAAGGACAAGCACCCGCUCUACGUCAUCCACCGCUUCAUGCACGAGAACGACCCCGACAACCCGAACUUCAAGUACGACGUCGAACUCGCCACGAAACCUCCGUGCACGCGCCACAUCUUCAAGCAUUACAAGAAGGACAACAAACUGAGGUUCUUCUGGUACGCCUCGGGAAAGAAGAUGCCGAACGGCCCCUGUAGUCGCUACAUCAACUACGCACGGUCGUACAACGAGUUCCGCUUCAGCAAGCUCACCAGCUUCUACCACAUCCUCCCCUAUGUCCACGAGCACUACAAGGACGAUCCCAGGUACAUCUACUUCAUGAACCGGUUCCUCUCCUUCCACGGCCGCGUUGCAGAGGCCAAGCGCGAGCUCGCCGCACAGGCGGAGAGGGAGGGACUGGAGAAGCCGAACGAGUACCGCCGGACGAUCUCGUGGAAAGAAAUGAGGGCCAAGCGCAAGCAGGAAGAGGCCGAGCUGUACGAGAAAUACGGCAUCAAGGACAAAAUUGUGGUGAAUAUGGGCGACGGCAAAAGCUUCGUCGUGAAGCCGGACGGGUUCAAGGUCCACGGCGAGUACUACUCGCGCAUCGACAAGGCGGAGCGAGACUCGCCGUAUGACAUUUACGCGCCCUACUACCGCACGAAGCACUCCUCCAAGCGCCGCCGCUUCCGUGAGCGGGGAGUCCCGCUCGACCCCGCCGAACGAUGCAAGACGCGGCGCGAGCGGCUGCUGAAACGCAAAGCGGAACGCGAGGCACGGGACGGCCCCAAUGCGCAUGCCAAGAAGUUCAUGAAGCAGAAGAAAUCGUUCAAGGUGCCGCGCCCACCGGGGUGGCUGCCCGAGGAGUGCGCCGACCUGGCCGACAUCCUGACACCGGCGCCAGAUGCUGGCGCAGAAGGCCAGUGA